UGAAGUUUGAAGAAUUAUAAAUGCUUUUACACAAUGCCUUCCCCGUGGUCUAUUAUAUUUCUUAUAUAUGCUCUUGAUACUUUAAACGCACUGGAAUUCGCCCCUACUCCAACUUGGGCCACGCUACAAAGUUCAGCUCUGGGCUGGGACAAUGUGCCAACUAUUACUACUGGGACCUUCAAUACAGAUUUAAAGGCGAGGGCCACAAACCAGCAGAAUCCCAUUUGUGGUUGGAUUGGGGGGAAUGCAGCUUCAGCAGUGAGCUGCGGCAGUAACUUCUAUUGUGCAACCGAGAGUACAUACGUUGGUUGCUGCGCGACUACUAGCUGUGCCGGAAUCGUCACAACAUGUUUCGACCUCCUAGGGUCGAUAUGCGAUGCUAAUUGUCAAAAUAAUAUUGGGAACCUGGUUUGGUUAGUGAAAUAUCGAGUGUUAGAGACUGAGACUUACCCUUAUUUAGUUCCUCCACAUUACCAUACUGCGCGACGUAUAAUUACGAAGGUGGAUCAGUAGGAUAUGGC